AUGCUGAAAGCACGAAUAAGGUAUUGCUCCUUCUCUUCACUUAUUCUCGUAGCUCUUCUCCGCCUUGCUUCUUGUAAUUCUUUCCCUUCUGUUCAGAUUCUUUUACACUCUUUUCCGUUUUUCAGCGUGUCUGAGUUUGUUGUUGAGAGUGAGUACCAGUUGAGAAUUUUUGUGAAUAAUGAAUGGUGUUCUGAAGGACAGGAUUUGGGAGUUCUCUCGUUAGAAGUCAGAUUGACGAACGGGUGCUUUGUGACAUUGAGCUUGGAUAUUAACCUCCAUGAUCUGAUUCAAAUUGUGGCUGCUUAUUGUCUUUUACUGCAAGUUUUUUUCUUCUGA